AUGGCAUCCAGAGGUGGCUCCCUGGGCCUCAUAGCCCGCCUCCUGCUGCUUCAGUCAGAGCUCUGCCAAGUCUGGGUGGCUGCUGCUGUAUUCUCUACUUCUGAUUUUGCCUCAUCGCACAGUGAGACCACAAGGGUAAACCCACUGCUAUCCACGCAGGCGCAGGGGACCCAGAUGACCAGUCAGGGCCAAACUUCUCCUUUCAAGCCGUUUACCUUAGGCUGUGGCAGACCCUUAAUGAAAAUCAUAGGAGGAGUAGAGGCUCAAGAGGGAAAAUGGCCCUGGCAGGUGAGCGUCAGGGUCAGACACAUGCAUAUCUGCGGAGGUACCCUCAUCAGUGCCCAGUGGGUGCUGACGGCAGCCCACUGCAUUUUCAGCUGGAUAGAGUACAAUGUCAAGAUGGGCGAUCGGAGCAUCCACCGUGAAAACACAAGCCUGGUGAUUCCCAUCCAGAGAGUCAUCAUCUACCCCGAGUUCUCAUCCGCGAUCAUUGUUAAAAAUGAUAUCGCCCUUCUCAAGCUCCAGCACCCCGUGAAUUUCACCACUAAUAUUUACCCCAUCUGCAUCCCUCCAGAGGCCUUUAUUGUGGCAACUGGGACCAAGUGCUGGGUGACCGGAUGGGGCAAAACAGACCCAGGUGCGCCAAGCGUUCCCACAGACACUCUCCGGGAGGUGGACCAGCAUAUCAUCCAUUAUGAGCAAUGCAACACUAUGUUGAAGAAGGCUACAUCAUCUUCUCAUGACCUAGUCAAGAGGGGGAUGAUCUGUGGCUAUAAAGAACAAGGAAAGGAUGCCUGCCAGGGAGAUUCUGGUGGCCCUUUGUCCUGUGAACUUAAUGAUAAGUGGGUGCAGGUGGGAGUUGUGAGCUGGGGCAUCGGCUGUGGCCGCCAAGGAUAUCCUGGAGUUUAUACAGAUGUUGCCUUCUACAGCAAGUGGGUGGUGGCAGUGGUGAACCAGGCCCCUCGUUCCUCUCCACUGGUCUUCCUCAUCUUACCGCUGUGUUUGCUGUGA